CGGACGCGCGCCAUUGUCGGUUGGUUCACAGUUUUCGAAGUUUCGUUCUAGAGCAAUUCAGGAAGACCUUGUGUCACGCGGAAUUGGUUUAAUUUACCGACCAUAAUUGGUCAGGAAAAUUGAGUCUAGAAAGGUAGAACAAGUGAUUGUAUAGUGCUUUUCUGGUGACAGAAGAUAGUGCAGAGAUCUAAGCUAGACGGAACGAAUUGCUUAGUAAGAUCAUUUGUGAAGUGAAAGUGAUUAGUUCUGAACAUCCUCCAACUGAGUCAUCCCUUAGUUACGAACCUAUGCAAGUAGCUGCCUGAGGGGUCUUUCCCCCAAAAUUUGCAUGUCCUCAACAACCACUGGAUGCUUCGCUGGAGUCAUAGUCUUCAUUUGAAAACACAUCGUAUGCCUCACCAAGGAAGAGCGAUGAGGAAGUGCUGUCUUCUUCUACUGCUACUACCGAUAGUGUACGGAUUUCGUCCUCCGGCUGCCGUUUUCGAAGAUGUAUACGAGCAGGGACGGCCGAGUCCCGCCUCCUAUCUAACAACUCAAGGGAUUCAGGAUGGCAUGCAAGCGUACCUGAAUCGCCGUAAUCGCCAACUCGGUGACGGCUUCACCUCCAUAGCCGCGUCCCAGUACAGUCCCUACACGGCAUCCAGUGAACGAUAUCAAAACUUUGAAGAAAACCAGCACGAUCGCAUUCGGUUGGAGAAUCUGCAGAAGAUCCCUUCCAUCAGGCGAAGGCGUCUGGACCUAGUGGCAACGCCACGCCAGUCGAAGAAGGUGAAUGUUGUACCACGGGAAAUGCUGCGCUUUACUCUGGCCGAUGCGAUUAUCCGCCAUGACCAUGAUCCGGAGCAGGCAGAGGACAGUAGUAAAGUGAAACAAAGAACGAAACGACAGAGCAAGGAGCGGAGUUCGAAACGAAUCGAGCCGGUCCCACGGGACAUUCUGCGCUUUGAACUGAAGGAUGCGAUGACGGAGAAACCUACGCUGCAGGCGGAAGACAUGCCGCAUAAUGUACGGAGAAGACGUUCAGCGGAUCCCGAAAGUAAAGAAGGACGGAAAAUGGUUUCCUUUGAGCUGGAAGAUGCCAAAACACCAGAUCGGGAUACGAAGCUGUUCCACAAGCAGAUGAUGGAAGAGAAUCCUAAUCUUAGAAUGCCUUUCACCACUUCGGACACGUUUACGAAAGGGUCCGUACAUGAUGAAAUUGUUGAACGACCUGAGGUAAGGCGGCGGGAGGGUAAGAAAGAUAAACGAGAUAACCCGAUGGAUGAAUCGGAUAUGAAUAUAGAGGAAUCUCGAAGGGUAAAGGUUUCCAGGGGCAAUAAAAAGAAAAUGGCUAAUUAUGAAGAUUUGCCACUUGGUGUUCAGAAAGCGAUUGAUAUUGCAAUCCAGGAAAAUGAACGAAUGAAUGGCAAGACUACCGAGGAGCCUUCGAGAGGAACUAAAUACUAUUAUGGCGAUAAGAAACCGAAGAUUAAAAAACCGUAUAGUACCACUACAAACACCAAGUCAAACCCUCCCAGUACUAAAGAAUCUAAAGUCAUCAGUAGUCCCCAAAUGGAAUCUGGUUUUGUUCCUACCAAACCGAUUGCAAGCGAAUCAGGUGAAAAUUUGAAACCGGAAAAAACCAGUCCCGGAACCUGGUGGUCCGCUUCCAAUAUACAGCGACCGAAAAGACUGCAACAAAAAACUGUGUAUCCACCUCUAGUCGUAAGUCCCCAGUAUGUCCAAACCUACAAACCGACAAUGGAAAGUCACAAGAUGACAGAACUGUCGCCAGGGUACGAAAAUCCUCGUGAAAACUCCUAUGAAUAUUCGGGGGCCUCGAAAGAAGAGAAACCAAAAAUCCAAUACCUGAUCAAGGAAGUUCCCGUGCCGCUGAGACCUCGAACGAAGAUCACCGUUCAACCGACAAUCUCGAUCUCCUACGACAAGGAGCCUACCGCUCCGGCAACCUCUUCUGAAGAUCAAUCCAACUACAACAACCCGUACGGACCAGUUGAGCUUCGAUACGAGCAACCUAAAGAACAGGCCAACUCUUACCAAAACUUGAACAUUGUUGUACCCGAUUCAAAGGAACAAUCGGAGCCAUCCUAUUACGAUCAUAAUAAUGUAGACAAUCCGAAGUCCCAAGAAUCAUCAUCGCACGCCUCGGAGAAUUACGAUAAAACCGGAAGCAGCAUAGCAGCCCUAUCGGCACUGAUCGGCAAAAGACCGACCGCGCAACUGAGAGGGCUUAACAAUCUACUGCACAUGCCAAUCCCGAUUGGAAACCAGCAACCUCUACAGACUAUGAAAACCAGAAUUCGCCCACAAGACAGUACCGCUCCCAUUAUGUUCCCAGGGGAAGCAUCCACUCCGAAUCCGCUACCGAAGAAAACUCCCGGUUAUCGCAGUGUGAAGAUCGAAAAUGGUCCGAAAAUAGUGUAUGAAGAUCCCAAUGCCAGCGCGUUGUACCACACGGUUCAGAUGAAUCCUCAGCUUAAGGUACCCAUGACUAAAGAUUACACUCCUAUCAAGGAGCUUGUUACGGAUAUUACGGAUUCGGAUCUUGUGGGACCAACAGUGUCAACUCCGACGCACGCGACGUACAUCAUCGGAUCAACUCCGGCUACGCCACAAAUUGAGGCCAACAGUUACGAGUUGGAUACGAACAGCCACGAAUCUUCCCACUACCAAGAAUAUCACGAAGUUCAAGCAACCCCGGAACCGAUCAGUGUACAAUACCAAACGAGACAACUGGACCACCGGUACCACGAACAACAUCAGCACCAGCACCAACGUCACCAGGAGGUAUACAAUGAGCAUAGUAUUCCCGAUCAUUAUCACCACCACGACGAUGAGGAUUCCGAGGACUCGGAAGGUUACGCCUUCGGCUAUCGAGUGCGUGAUUUCCACACUGGGAACGAUUUCGGACACGUGCAGAAUCGGGACAACGGUGUGACCCGCGGUGAAUAUCACAUCCUGCUGCCGGAUGGGCGAGUUCAGAACGUGCGCUAUACUGCCGACGAGCAGGGAUUUCACGCCGAAGUCAGCUACGAAAGUGUACAUUCGUCUCAUGAAGCAACGAAAUAGAAGUAACAUCUCAUCCAGUUUAUAGCUAAGAAGACUAGUUAUAGCAAUUAAAUUCUUCUUCAUAAGCCCGCCGACGGGCGGACAACAUACAAGAAGAGAAGAAAGCGGUGUACAUAAAAUCGAGCCUUCAUCCACGAUCAAAGCGGAGCUUUUUCACCGGCGAACGCGCGCGAGAGCUUUUGCUAGUCUCCACCAGAGUGAUUUCAUUGAACUAGAGAAAAGCUCUCCGCGUUCCAUGCACAAGCUCAGUCAAUUCAAUUUGCUUACUAGUUUUAGUAUGAUCGAACGGAGGAGGGUAGUGACCGGAUCGAUUCUCACUUUUUCGUAACAGACGAUAAUCGAAGCUUACAUUCGAUAGUUCGUGUUAGAUUAGAACUACUACUUGACUGUAAAUUCAUUAUUUCAUUAUCGUUUUGUUAAUAGUUGAUCAUGUUUCGUUACGCGUAGACAUACAUGGAACCAUCAGUUGUUAUUUAAUUGUAACGUUAUUUAAUAGCACUAAGCUGUUAGCCCCACGUUCUCCGCGACACCAACGACGCACUGCCGCCAGUGCUCUAGGAAUACACUACGUUUGUGAUUAAGGGACCUGUGCAAUUGCUAUUAUUAUUUCAUCGUUAAGCUUGUUGUUGAAUGUGUAAUAGAGAGUAUCGACUAAAAACCCACGAACGAAAAACUCCUCAUUGCCUCAUUUCGGAUCAUUCAGUAGCAUGUAAGGAUAGGCGAAGUGAUCAAUUGAAGGAAAAUUAAAAGUAUUAUUAUGACAGAAAUGUCAGACGCUGUACGUACGCGUAUCUAACUUUAAUCCGCUAGAAAUGUAAACGACGCGACCUAAGCCAAAAUAGUGCUGUACCUUUUAAAUAUUGUAUGUAGUUAGGAAAUGUAAA